AGUAGCCUUUGGCAUCUGCACCAUUGAAAGUAUUCACAAUCUAACUCUAAUUUUAAACUUUGUUCCCAAAUGGAUCCUAUAUCUCUACAUGCUCUGCAAAACUUGGUUUUCAUUAGGAUAUUAACUAAGUCUGUUCUUUACGCAGGGAGAAUAUGGGCAGGCCACAACAUAAUAAGGUUUGACUGUCCACGGAUUUGUGAGGCUUUUGCCAGGAUAGAUAGGCCUGCUCCAGAACCUAAGGGAACAAUAGACUCACUUUCCCUGUUGACUCAAAGGUUUGGAAGAAGAGCCGGGGACAUGAAGAUGGCAUCACUUGCUACUUAUUUUGGUCUUGGACGACAAACACAUAGGAGUUUAGAUGAUGUUCGAAUGAAUCUUGAAGUGCUCAAGUACUGCUCGACCGUAUUAUUUUUGGAAUCCAGCCUCCCUGACAUUUUCACAGAGAAUAGUUGGAUUUCUCCAAAUGUUGCCACAAGAAGCCGUAGUAAAUCUUCCCCCUCAACAGACCUGAAAGAAAAUUCAAUACAUUCUGUGAAAAAUAGGGCAGAUGAAAAUCAUGAUGCUCUACCAUGCAGAGAUGAAAGGGGAAAGGUAGAGGCUCAUGAAGUCAUUGAAUCCAGUUCUGCCAUGCCAGACCCUUUUAACAUGGGCCAACUUCUUGAUGAAAUUGAAAGAGAAUCUCUCCAUUCUGAAGGUGACAUGGAUAAUAAUCAUGAUGAUGAAUAUUGCCCUUCUGAUGAGUGUUCCACAGCAAAUAAAAGUGGCCUGCCUGGGAGUCGCUCCAAGUUCUUAGAACUAAAUGAAAUUUCCAUACCUCAUCUCUCUUCAAUGCUCGUCCCGUUUUAUCGUGGAACACAAAAGAUAAAAGUCUUCCACGAAAAAGAUGAGCUGCAAAUUUGUUGCAAAAAACAGAAGGUUCGUUUUGGGAUUAGUACAAAAUUUCUUGAUUAUGCUGGUCGGCCACAGUUGAAUUUUGUGGUGAAUGCAACACGUGACCUAUGCUUGAUCCUUGAUGAAAUCAAUAAUCUUGCCUGGAGGCUAUCUGUUGAUUCAGGUAGUAGCUCUGAAUGGAGGCCAAUAGUUUCCAGAAAGCCCGGCUAUGAAAAAUUCCCUACUGUUCGGUUUCAGUUAUCCGCCAUAGUAAAUGGAGAUAUUAUCUGCUGGGCAACAGAGAUAUAUCGCGAGGAAACUUGUGCUGCACAGAAGGUGGCAUGUAGUAGAUUCGACAAUGCAGAGCUGGAUGCCUUGGUGACUCCGGGAUCUUUUGUGGAUGUCUACUUCUCAUUGGAUUCAUAUGACUAUCUGCAAAACGCUGGUAUCCGCUUAGUCGCAAAGAAGUUGGUUCUGCAUCAAAACAAAGGCACGAGGGCGGCUGAUUAGCUAAGGUGACUAGAACGUCGGCUUUGGAGUUUGGACAAUGUUUCAUCCUCUUAGUUAUCUAAUGGAGUAGUUAGGUUGUAACUUGUACCAAGUAGAACAUCAUCAUUUUAACGACAUAGAGCUUGUUCUCUUCAACUUAUUCUUUUUACUUAUUAUUACUUAUUCUUAUUGGAUCAUAUUAGAUCAAAAUUUAAUUGAAUCAAAUCAGAACCAAUUU